AUGCCACCAAAAGGUUGGAGAAAAAACCCAGAUGGCAGUUACCCCCAGCCCAACCGAGAAGCCGAGAUCACCUCGAUUGACGAGAUCCUCUUUCCGCGUUCUAUCAUCCAGCGGUUAGCCAAAGAUAUCCUCAACUCCAACGACGCGAAUAUGUCCAUGGCCAAAGACUCAUUGAUAGCUCUUCAAAGGUCUGCCACCGUGUUUGUAUCGCACGUGAUGUUCCACGCCCGGGCCAUCUCCAAGGCCAGUGACCGCAAGACCGUCAACGCCCAGGACAUUUUGGCAGCAUUGGAAGCAGCUGAGUAUUCAGGAUUUGUACCAGAAAUCAAGCACAAGUUGGCAUCUUUUGAAGCGGCGGUUGAGGUGAGAAAACUGGAGAAAGCAGCUUCCAGGACCGAGCCUGCCGACUUCAAUGACGUGAAGCGUCUUAAAGAUAACCUGGAAAAUGCCGUACCGGUGAUGGACACCACUCUUGAAGAUGACGAUCACUCAGACAACGGCAUCGAAGAUAAUGAUAACGACAACACGGAGGAAGUGAACGACACAAACGCGGAUGAAGAAGACGAAAUAGAGGAGGUUUCAGUGCCGAAUCCCAUUGCUGGUGUGUCCCAAGAAGCCACGGAACUAGAAGGCGUGCUGAUGGAAGAACCAGAAGAAGAAAACCAGCAAGAAGAAGAGGAUUGA